AUGGUGCGUUUUGAGGCAACCUCGCCCGUUGAGACGCUAAAAUUCGCUUUUCAGAGUUACGGUAACUACAACGGCUAUGGAGGCGGUCAUGGAGGCUACGGCGGCGGCGGUGGUGGUGGUUGGGGAGGACAUGAUGAUAGAAUGUCCAACCUCGGCGGCGGACUGCGUUCUGUCGACUGGGCCAACACCCGCCUGGAGCGCUUCGAAAAGAACUUCUACGUUGAAGACAAAAGAAUCACCGCCAUGAGCGAGCGGGAGGUCGAGGAGUUCAGGAGGUCAAAGGAUAUUCGAGUCCAAGGCCGAAAUGUUCCCCGCCCAAUCCGAUCUUUCGACGAAUGUGGUUUCCCUGAAUAUCUCAUGUCGACCAUUCGUGCUCAAGGCUUCGACGCGCCAACGCCUAUUCAAUGCCAGGCUUGGCCCAUGGCACUGAGUGGUCGCGAUGUUGUCGCUAUCGCUCAGACCGGUAGUGGAAAAACCAUCUCCUUCGCCCUCCCGGCGAUGCUCCAUAUCAAUGCGCAACCACUACUUGCUCCUGGCGAUGGCCCCAUUGCUCUCGUUUUGGCCCCAACCCGUGAGCUUGCCGUUCAAAUUCAGCAAGAAUGCUCCAAAUUCGGUGGUAAUUCUCGCAUUCGCAAUACUGCUAUCUAUGGUGGUGCUCCCAAAGGCCCCCAGAUUCGUGACCUGCAACGAGGCGUCGAGAUCGUGAUUGCUACCCCUGGAAGGCUGAUCGACAUGUUGGAGACGCAUAAGACCAACUUGCGUCGUGUCACUUACCUUGUCCUUGACGAAGCUGAUCGCAUGCUUGACAUGGGUUUCGAGCCUCAAAUCCGCAAAAUUGUCAGCCAAAUCCGCCCUGACCGACAGACCCUCAUGUUCAGCGCCACUUGGCCCAAGGAUGUUCAAAAAUUGGCGAAUGAUUUCCUUCGAGAUACCAUUCAAGUCAACAUCGGUUCUAUGGAACUGACCGCUAACCCCAAUAUCCAGCAGAUCAUUGAGGUCUGCAGCGAUUUCGAGAAGCGCAACAAAUUGAUCAAGCAUCUCGAUGAAAUCAGCGCUCAAAAUGCAAAGGUUCUUAUCUUCGUUGCAACAAAACGAGUGGCGGACGACAUCACCAAAUACCUGCGUCAAGAUGGCUGGCCCGCCUUGGCUAUUCACGGUGACAAGGAACAGCGAGAACGUGAUUGGGUGUUGGGAGAAUUCAAGGCUGGUCGAUCUCCAAUUUUGAUUGCCACGGACGUUGCCUCUCGUGGACUUGGUACGUUUUUAAUCUGCCUUUGAGGUGUUCGAAAUCACUAUGCCAGCUGCGUACACGUGGUCCCGGCGUAGUGACUUGGUUGCCAUUCGACCGCAUAACAGAGGGAAACCGCCUCGGGCUGGCGGUAAACCGAUGUAGCUCAGCAACACUGUCA